AUUCUCUUUCUUCUGUCUCUCAUCAUUGUUAUUAAGGCCCUCUCUCUCUCUCUCUCUCUCCCUGUUCAUUGACCCGACCUAAGCCCCUCAAAACCCUCGCUUACCUCUCUGUCUCCGUGUCUUCAGAGCAGGUCCAACCAUGGAUGAAGAGUAUGAUGUGAUAGUGUUGGGGACUGGUCUUAAGGAAUGCAUCCUCAGCGGUCUUCUCUCCGUCGAUGGCCUCAAGGUACUGCAUAUGGAUAGAAAUGAUUACUACGGUGGAGAGUCUACAUCCCUCAACCUUGUUCAGCUAUGGAAGAGGUUUAGAGGAAGUGAUAAACCUCCGGCCCAUUUGGGCUCUAGCAGGGACUAUAAUGUUGACAUGGUCCCUAAGUUUAUGAUGGCAAAUGGCAAGCUUGUACGUGUCCUUAUUCAUACAGAUGUUACAAAGUACCUAUCUUUCAAAGCAGUAGAUGGCAGUUAUGUCUAUAAUAAAGGAAAGGUUCACAAGGUACCGGCAACUGACAUGGAGGCACUCAAAUCUCCACUCAUGGGGAUAUUUGAAAAACGUCGCGCUCGAAAAUUCUUUAUAUAUGUUCAGGACUAUGAUGAGAGUGACCCCAAAACACAUGAAGGAAUGGAUUUGACAAGAGUGACAACUAGGGAGCUGAUAGCCAAAUAUGGUCUUGAUGAUAACACUGUGGACUUCAUUGGUCAUGCAUUGGCACUUCAUAGAGAUGACAACUACCUGGAUGAACCUGCUUUCGAGACUGUGAAGAAAAUGAAGCUAUAUUCGGAGUCUCUUGCUCGUUUUCAAGGAGGAUCACCUUAUAUAUAUCCUUUAUAUGGAUUGGGAGAGCUGCCCCAGGCAUUUGCACGGCUUAGUGCUGUAUAUGGUGGGACAUAUAUGUUGAAUAAGCCUGAGUGCAAGGUAGAGUUCAAUGAAGAAGGUAAAGUUAGUGGUGUCACGUCUGAAGGAGAGACUGCUAUGUGCAAGAAAGUUGUUUGUGAUCCUUCCUAUCUGCCUAACAAGGAUUGGAGAGAAGCUCUAGGAGAUUCCAAGUGGAAGAAAGCCAUGAUUGAAGAAAUGAAAGUAUUGACAAAAAAUGAAACAUGGGAACUUGUUUCACCUCCACAGGGAAAGAAGAUAGUUGGUUGCAAAUGGGUGUUCACUAUAAAACACAAAGCAAACAGAUCGAUUGAAAGGUACAAAACUAGAUUGGUGGCUAAAUGAUUUAUUCAGACCUAUGAGAUUGACUAUCAGGAGAUAUUUGCACCUGUUGCGAAGAUGAACACAAUUAAGAUACUUUUGUCUUGCGUAACUAAUCUUGAUUGAGAUUUAUAGCAGUUUGAUGUAAAAAAUGCAUUCCUCCAUGGAAACUUAGAGGAAGAGGUGUACAUGGAAAUUCCACCUGAAUUUGAAGAUGAGAGGAUGUAAGGAAAAGUUUGUCAAUUAAAAAAGACUUUAUAUGGAUUAAAGCAGUCUUCAAAAGCAUGGUUUGAACGGUUUAAAACAGUUAUGAUCUCUUUUGGAUAUUAACAAAGUAAUGAGGAUCAUACCUUGUUUAUUAAACAUCGUGAAAGUAAAGUCACUCUUCUCAUUGUUUAUGUAGAUGAUAUUGUGGUGACUGGAGAUGAUACAAAGGAGAUGACUCGGUUGAAGGAAUUUCUUGCUCAAGAGUUUGAAAUAAAAGAUUUAGAAAUAUUGUAAUACUUCUUGGGGAUUGAAGUUGACAGAUCCAAUAAAGAAAUUUUCAUUUCUCAAAGGAAGUAUAUCCUAAACUUACUAAAAGAGACUGGUAUAAUGGGUUGCAAACCGGCAGAAUCACCUAUUGAGAGCAACCAAAAAUUGCGAGCAGGUAGUGGUACAUCAGUUGACUUUGGAAGAUACCAGACCCUAGUUGGAAGACUCAUUUAUCUAUCGCAUACCAGACUUGAUAUAGUAUAUACAGUUAGUCUUUUGAGCCAGUACAUGUAUGAUUCUCAUGAGACUCAUUUAUAUGUUGUCUUCUGCAUAUUACGAUAUCUGAAGUUUGCACCAGGAAAAUAUCUGCUCUUUUUUAA